UACGCACACACGCGCGCGCCUCUCAGUUUCAAUUUUUUUUUUUUUUUACUUCCUCCUUGUCUCUCUCGCUCGCGGACAGAGAAAGCUCAGUUUGACAGCUCGCGGUGGCUCGCGCGCGGGGAUUCUGAAUAUUAUAGCGGAGCUUUUCUUUUCACGGGGACCCUUUCACGCGCCGUUAGAGGAACUCAUCGGAGCGCGGAAGAUGCUGGGCCGUCGGCUGCAGUUGCACGGUGGUUGUUAGCCAUCUGUCGGGGCUGACAUGGAGCGAGAGGGCUCACUUAGGAGGAUCUCAAGGAGCCUCCACAACAAACUGCGGCUGGGCACCGGCUCGUCCUCCAGCCUCACCGACCUCUCACAGGCCAAAAGCUCAUCAGGAGGCGGGGAGAAGGGAGUGACAGCGGGGGGGCUGUCAGAGGACUGUGGGAGGAGCAAAGAGACCCAGCAGAGGAGGGCCGGUGCCAACGCUACCUGGAACAGCAUCCAAAACGCGGUGAUCUCAGUUUUCCAGAAGAAGGACCUGGGAGUUAAUGAACUCUAUACCCUGAAUGAAGGCGUCAGGCAGCUGCUGAAGACUGAGCUGGGCUCCUUCUUCACCGAGUACCUGCAGAAUCAGCUCCUCACCAAAGGCAUGGUCAUACUAAGGGACAAGAUUCGCUUCUAUGAAGGUCAGAAGCUGUUGGACUCUCUGGCUGACACGUGGGAUUUCUUCUUCUGCGAUGUUCUCUCUAUGCUGCAGGCCAUCUUCUACCCUGUGCAGGGAAAGGAGCCAUCGGUGCGUCAACUUGCUCUCCUCCACUUCAGAAACAUCAUUGCCCUCAACCUGAAGCUGGACGAGGCAUUGUCUCGACCCCGAGCCAGAGUACCCCCCUCCAUCAUUCAAAUGCUAAUGAUACUACAGGGAGUCCACGAAUCGAAAGGUGUAACUGAUGACUAUCUUCGUCUGGAGUCUCUCAUCCAGAAAGUAGUCUCUCCGUACCUCGGCACUCAUGGUUUAUACUCCAGAGACGAGUCCUCCAGUUUGCACUGCUCAUCCUGCUUGUUAGAGAAGAAGUUUCAGUACUCAAAGGCUCCCAAAACAAACAGCACUCCCACGGUGAAGAAUCCAGUGGUCCGCUCUAAGAGUUACAACGUCCCCAUGCUGACCCCCGUCGUUGAGUAUGACGUAGACUCGUCCUCGGGUAGCAGCUCGGGCAUCAGACGUCACUCCGUCUGUGAGAUGUCGUGUUGCAUGGAGGAGAGCAGCUCGGUGUCCAAAUCUGCUGCCAGGAUGGCUGCUAACAUCAGGGCCUCCAACUCCUCCACAGUUUCAACCAUCUCUGCUGCACUGACAGACACUUUAACAUCCAGCCAAGACCUCCAGCUCAAAGGCAACGACAGCCCCGCCAUGCUCCGUCCUCUUAAGCCACAGCAACCCUCCCCCUGCAUCCUCCCUGACUCUUCUCCAGGAGAAGACGCUCAUUGUUCCGGCUCGCUGGAGUUCCACUCCUCCUCAUCCUCCAAAGCCCUUGCACAAGACACGAGCUCCGGUCCCAGCUCGGCGUCCAGCGUGGAGAUGACGGCAGACCACAUCGCUGAGUCUCCGGACUCGGAGCAGGAACAAGACGGGAUCUUUCUGGACUUCUCCCACCACUGCUCAGGGGACUCAACCGACAGCAGAGACAAUGACGAGGAAGAGCAUCGCCUGAGGCGCACAGAACAUUAAUAAGAAGAGUUAACACUGCUGAGCCGUGAUAGUUAUUCCUCGCACUGUGUGAUGCCCCCUGUAGCAUCCUAGAGACGCUACACUAUAGAGAUUCUAUGAAGCUGAAGUAUUUUUCCUUCAUUAGAUAUGUCAGGCAUUUUUCUCACAAAUGUUGUCUUACCUUGUUCUUUGUUAUUUUUAAAAUCCUGGGGGAAAACAAACAAGUAACUAUAAAAUUCAAACUUUUUAUUUAAUUCAAUCCUCAGACUGUUUUAACAAUUGUUUAAAAUGAUCUGUGUUUUUAAAAGUCAAACUCCUACGUCACCACUGUGCCUUUUUGCUCCAUUAACGGUGCAGCUCUGUUCAAAAACUGCUGACUCAAACAUAUGAUCCGUGAUUAAUUUUAUUGUUAUGGUUUUCUGUUGCUUUAAUGUUUCUACACUGUUAAUGUCUAUUUUAAAGUGCCAAUGAAGUUCUCAGUAAAAUGAAUGUCACUGCAAAUUUGUGGACCUUUUGAAAUAAAAUGUUUCUAAGUUAGCCUUCAUCUGGAGAUAUGACUAUAUGUAAGGUUGUUUGCAGCAUUGGUUAACUCAAUUAAACUACAUUUAAGCACAUAAA